CCCGCCUCUGUCCAUGCUACCGGAGUUGCAACUUGCUAACCACCUAGCAUGACGGCUGGCUGCGAAACGGGGGCAGUCUGAGACGAAGGGAAGUUCUGCAUGACCGCACACCGAAAUGCACGAGGGAGGCUUGGGGGGUGCUCGUAGCGACCCGGGGGUCUUUCCACAGUGAACGUUGACUGGUGGUCUCGCCGUGAUGUACCCGUUCGGCUGCGACGCACAGACCUCCCUCCUGGACCUGUUCGCCUUCUUCAAGCAGAGUUUGCAGCAGGCAGAGUGGGAACUGGCCAGCGCCUGCGUGCCCCAGCUGGUCACCCCUCCCGGAGGACACGCAGAAGAUGUGAAGAACAUCAUCAAAGCCAUCAUCUCGCGCCCUUACAAGUUGAAAUGGCGCUCUGUGGGCACGCCACACAAGCUGGCCUGGUUCUGGCUUCAGGUGCUGGAGAACUGCACCGAGGAGCGGGUUUCCACGGAGACCAGGAUGGAGCUGGAGUUCCUGCUGCUCCUGGAGGAGCUGGGGGAGGAGGGCAUUCAGGAGACGGCGCUCAAGGAGCUGCACGGGGUCUUUCUGGAGGGCCAGUCCCGGCCGGAGGGGACGGGCGUUUCCACGGCGACCGCCGCCUGCGUGGAGUCGACCCUGCGGACCCUGCUGGAGCGCAGGAAGCCCACCCUGGCCCAGGCCCUGGCCCGCUUACUCCAGGCCUCUUCUCCUGGGGCCCUCAGUGUCUCCGCCCUCCAGGGCCCCUUCAUCCACCACCUGCUGGAGCGCCUGAGGGGCCCCGACCGGAGCCCCGCGUGGGCGGAUGAGGUCUGCGGCGUGCUGGGCGCCCUGCCCUGGGGCUCGGAGCGUAGCGGGGCCGCUCCCCCGGUCCCGGCCCCGGUCCUGGCCCUGUGCGAGGAGCUGUGGGGGGUCCGGGGGGGCCCCCUGACGGAGGAGCGCGUGCUGAGCGCUCUGCUGCGGCCCCGCUCCGACGCCCUGGUGGGGGCGUACAGCGCCACCGCCCUGCGGCUCCAGAGGGACCACCUGCUGAGGGCCACGCCCGGGCUGCCAGUCGAUCUCCCCGAGGCAGAGAGGCUGGUCCUAAGCUUGUGUUGCCAUGAAGACCGCCAGUUAGCGUGGAAGACCAUUUACUUUGAGUGCCUCAGCAGUGGGAAGCACUUCCUGGAGCAGGUUCUGGUGACGGGUCUGGACCUCAUCAAGCGGGAGGAGUUCUCCUGGCUGGAGGUGCUGCUGAAGCAGGAGUUCCAGCCGCUGUCCCGCCUGCUGCUCCUGCUGGGAUGGACCCACUGCCACAGCCUCCGCUCCGCCCAGAGCCUGCUCCACACCCUCCACCUUCAGCAGCCUCCUGCCAACGACUGUGUUCUGCAAGAAUUUGCCAACUUCCUGUCUUCUCAGUUGACCGUGCUGGAGUGGUGCAAACUCAACCACCCGGCGGUGUCCAUGGAGUCCCUGGUGGGCCAGCUCCACACGCUGGACCACCACUCUGCCCUGUACCUGCUGCACACCCUGACCCCGCUGGCACGCCUCCCGGAGAACCGGGUGCUGGCGCUGCUGCAGCAGCUGCUGCCACGGCAACCGGGGAGAGACGACGUGGAGGGGAUCAGAACGGCCGACGCGGCGGUCCACAGGAACGUGGUUCUGUUCCAGGGCUUCUGUGCCAUGAAGUACGCGGUGUACGCCCUCUGCCUGAGCACCCACAAGUACUCCGGCUGCACCCAAUGCACGGGCGCUGAGCUGCAGGACGCGGACCACGGAAGGACACCUGCAGAACGGUACGAGCAGGUGUUCCAGCACUACCUGUCGGAGGUGCAGCUCUACCUGGAGGUGGUGCCCGCCCUGUUCCGCCUGGAGCUGCUGGAGAACAUCUUCUCCCUCCUCUUCCUCUCCAGCGCCGACUUCCUCCAGCCCGGCCAGAGAGACCCGGCCUCCGCCUCCACCUCCACCUCCACCUCCACCAGCCCCGGAGCCCCGACAACACCCAAAUCACAGAACAAGACCUCAGACUCUGGAGCCCCCAGAGAGGAGGUGGUGGAGGAGGAGGAGGAGGAGGAGGAGGAAGAGGAGACGGUGGGUAAACCGUCUCCUGCUGUGGGCCUGGCAGCAGCGGCCCACAGCAGCUACCUGGACCUGGGCCACCUGACCCGGGGCUGCAGGGGGUUCCUGGUGGACGCCGGGGCCAUGGAGGGCCUCCUGCGGCUGCUGAAGGAGGGCCUGGAGGGGCUGUGCGUGGUGGGCCAGGAGGAGGGCCGCGCCCCCCCCGGGGAGGCCGAGGCGGCGGAGAGCCUGGGCUGCUCGGUGACGCCGCAGACGUUCGGGGCGCGCCUGCAGCGGCUGACGAAGCGCACGGCCGAGGCCCGGUGGAGGCUGCAGAUCGUCACCAGCAACCAGGCGGCCGGUUCAGAGAAGGCCUUCCAGAGUGCGGGGCCGGCCUGUCCCACGACCCCGACCCUGAGCCGGGGCUCCGGCUCCAGCCUUAGGAGGAGGAGGAGGCGGCUGGGGCGACGGACCUCCACGGAGAGAACCAACCGAGAGGCUAACGCUAGCGCUAGCCCCCCAGGUGGUGGAGGUGGAGGAGGUGGUGGUGGAGGAGGUGGUGGAGGAGGAGAUGGAGGCGGGGGCUCCGAGGGCGAUGAGUGCCCGUGCGGAGGUCCCCACAGCUGGCUGGUGCCGGCCAUGCUGGCGCCCCCGGACUCUCUGCUCAUAUCCUGCGUCCAGAGGGGGAACUUCAUGGAGGCGCAGCAGGUGUCUCAGGUGUUCGGUCUGGAAGGCUCCGAGUGCUACGGAGAGCUGGGCUUCAUGGAGCGCUACCAGGAGGUGCUGCAGGAGCUGGCGCGUGUGGAGCAGAAGAUGGAGACCCAGUCCCUGUCUCCCUCCUCCUCCUCGUCUGAGGGGGGCGUGGCCUCUGUGGGCGUGGCCUCCGGCGGGCGGAGCCGGCUGGGGAGCAGCGGGAGGUCGACCCUGCAGGCCAUCGGCAGCGCGGCGGCCGCCGGCAUGGCCUUCUACUCCAUCUCAGACAUCGCUGACCGGCUCCUCAGCACCCCGACCCAGCCCAUCCCGUCCCUGGAAGAGGGCUACUGGCUGGGCCGCUGCCCCCCGGACCACCCCCACCAGCCGGCGGUGCAGGCCCUGCUGGAGGAGCUCAGCCCCCCGGCCAUGGCGGCCUUCGACCUGGCCUGCUGCCACUGCACGCUGUGGAAGACCUCCAGGCAGCUGCUGGACACCGCCGAGAGGAGGCUGAACGCCAGCCUGGAGGCCCGCGGGGUCCGGGCAGACCCUCAGCUGCCCCGCCCGGGGGGAAUCGUCGGGUUCCCCACGGUGCUGCAGCAGGUCAGCAAGAUCCUCAACCACACCGCCAGCAACAAGGGCUCCCCCAAGACCGAGUCCUCGGGGGAGGAGCCGGUGGGCUCCAGCCCGUUCGGCUGCUGUAUCCAGGAGGUGCUGCUGUCCUGCCAGCCCACCCUGACCCAGGAGGGGCUGGUGUCCCGGCUGGGCCUCGCCCAGCGCCUGGAGCAGACGGUGCUGACCCUGACCGCAGCCACGCACAACCCCGACGGUCUGACAGGAAGUGCCCUGCUGGCGGCGCUGAUGGAGCAGGCGGGGCUGAAGCAAGCGGAGCUGGACGCCCACCCGGUGCGGUCGGGCAUGAAGCACAUCCUCCGGGCCCUGGACCAGCUCUGCCCCUCGGACCCAGACGGGACCGCGGCCUCGCCGCCCGACUACAUGCGCACCUUCCUGGACUACGUCAACACCAUGGCCGCCGUGCUGGUGCGCAGCCUGAGCCCCGAGGACCAGGCUGAGGUGAAGCUGGGGAACCCUCUGCUGGUGCUCCUGCAGAACCCGUCCCAGCUGCUGUCCCACCUGCUGUUCGACAGACAGGUGUCCCCUGAGAGGGUGCGGUCUCUCCUGCAGCAGGCCAGCCUCCAUCUCAGCGUGGAGGAGGUGAUCCUCCAGCGGUGCUGUGAGCCCAUGCCCAUCUGGUCCACGCACCACUCCUCCGGUCCCCAGCCCCCGGCCCCGGACCCCCACCCCGACCCGGAGCGGCUCAAGCCAGGGGAGGACACCGGGGGGCUCUUCAACGUGGCCAGCAUGACCUCCUUGCUCCACCAGCUCCUCCCCGAUCACAUGACCACCCUGGGGGACCCCUCGCCCCCGCCCAAACCCGGCUCCGUCGACUGCUCCGAGGCCUCCCUGGACACCAGCACCUCCAGCUCCCCCCUCAGCCCCUCCAGCUCCCCGCCCUCCUUCUCCUCCUCCUUCUCCGUGUCACUCUCCUCCUCCGCCAACGUCUCCUCCUCCUCCUCCUCCACCAACAACCCCACCUCCUCCCCUGGCUCCUUCCUCCUCACCUCCUCCACCCUGGCCUUCCUGAAGAGCCGCUGCCCCCUGCUGGCGGCGUUGGCCUGUCUGAGCGCGGCCCCCCGCGUUGGGGAGGCCUCGCGGGCCCCACCCUCCGGCUGGUCCGGCAUCUUCCGCACGGGCCGCAAGGACCAGGCGCUGGACCCGGAGCAGGUGGCCCGCGAGGCGGACGCCCUGCUCCGCGAGUUCCCCGUCCUGCAGGCCUACCUCCGCGCCGUGGCCGGGCCCGUCCUGGGGCCGGACGCCGCCGAGGAGGGGGGGGGGCUCGGCGCCGCUCUGUGCGGGAAGCCCCUGGUCGGCCUGCUGCUAGGCGGGCCCCAGGGGGUCGGGGCCCAGGCGGUGGCCCUGGACGCCUUCCGGCAGGCCCUGGUGACGCGGGACCUGGGCCGGGCCCUGAGCCUGCUGGGGCUGUACGGGAGAGGGGGCCGCCAGGAGGGGGCGCUCAGGGACCGCCUGCUGGCCUGCGCCGCCCUGGAAGAUGGAGAGGAAGACGGCAUCAGACAUCUGUUCAGGGUGAAGGACCCCGGGCUGAGGGCUCGGGUUGCCCUGCAGGCCCUGGAGAGGUGGCCGCUGGGUGCCUGUCUGGAGCUGCUGGAGUUCUGCCUCAACGACCCCGACACGGGGCCCCCCCUGAGGGCCGACCUGGAGGGCCGGAGGACGGAGCUGGACAUCUACCGAUGGAUGUUGGACCUGAAGCCAGCGCUGCCAUGGGCCACCUGGCAGGACCUCAGGAACCAGUCUAGGAAAGAUUCUGAGAAACUGUUCACCAUCAUGCUGCAGCACAAGGAGUUCGAGCUGUGCGGGGCGUGGCUCCAGCUGUUCCCCGUGUCGGACCCCCUGCGGCUCCAGCUGCAGACGGAACACCUGCUGCACCUGCUGGACAGCGGGCUGACUGAGGAGGCCCACCUGCUGCUGGAGGGCGUGCAAGACGUGGGCCUGGAGGUGUGUGAGUGCGCCCUGGACCGCCGGCCGGGGUUUGCAGCGUGUCACUUCCUGGCCGACCACCUGACCCUCCACUUCCAGAGUCAGGUGACCCCCUCCAGGCGGCGGCACAUCCAGGCCCUACACCUGGGCUCCAAGGUUCUGCUGGCGCUGCCGGCCGAGGCCAGACAGGACUACUUCCCGCUGCUGUCGGAGCCGCUGCUGAUCCUGGAGCAGCUGCUGAUGAACCUGAAGGUGGAGUGGGCGGGCGUGGCGGUGGCCACGCUGAGGGCCCUCCUCCCGGGGCCCGACGCCGGGGUCCGCCUGCAGGACGUGGACGCGCUGCUGGCCGGCUACGCCCGCAAGGCCCUGGACUUCCCCUACGCUCCCCGCGAGAGGGCCCGCUCCGACUCUGUGCUGAGCCUGCAGGAUGGACUGCUCCAGUGUCCAGCCCAGGACUCCUCCUACUCCUGCAGGCCUGACUCCCCUGCCGACUCCACCGGCUUCUGCUGUGUCCCCCUCCACCCCUUCGCAGGAAGCACCCCCACGCACACCUCCUCCGUCAGCAGCGCGGAGCGCGACAAGGACCGGGUGUCGGCGGGGCGCAGCCGGCGGGCCGAGGGGCAGUUCCAGCCCCCGCCGCACCCCCCCGCCCGCAGGGACUGGGUCCCGGACACCCAGCAGGACAGCUGCAUGGUCUGCAGCCGGGAGCGCUUCACCAUGUUCAACCGGCGGCACCACUGCCGGCGCUGUGGCCGCCUGGUGUGCCAGGCGUGCUCGGAGCACAAGAUGGCGAUCGAGGGCAGCGGGGAGGAGGGGGCGCGCGUCUGCGACCAGUGCUACGCCUUCUUCCACUGCGAUUCUGAUGAUGAACUGGAAGAAGCUGAAGCAGUGGGGUCCCCAGGCUCAGGCUCGGGGGAGGACUGCUUGCUCACCCUCCCGGAGGUGGUCCAACGGCAGGUCCGGCUCAGCUCCAGGCCCUCGGAGAACCAGCUGCUGAGGAGCGAGUUCUACUUCGAACAGGCCCCCAGCGCCCACCUCUGUGUGGCCAUCCUGUCCCUGCACAGCGACCAAUCAGAGUGCGGCCAGCAGCUGAUUGGCCACUGCCGCGCCCUGUCCCGGAAGCUGAACCACGCAGAGGUGGACGCGGGCCUGCUGACGGACGUCAUGAAGCGGCUGCUCUUCAGCGCCAAGCUCAUGUUCGUCAAGGACGGCCGCAGCCACGACCUGCCCCUGUGUGACAGCUUCAUCAGUAAGGUGGACGUGCUGAAGAUCCUGGUGAGGGCCAACUACCGGCCCAUCCCCUCCCUGGAGGACCUCCUGGAGACCCCCGCCGUCACCCGCCUCAGGAACCAGCUCCUGGAGGCCGAGCACUACCAGCUGGCCGUGGAGGUGUCCACCAAGAGCGGUCUGGACCCCAGCGGGGUGUGGCACGCCUGGGGCAUGGCCUUCCUGAAGGCGGGCCGGCUGUCGGCCGCCCGCGAGCGCUUCUCCCGGGUCCUGAAGCCGCCUCUGGACCGGAACCAGCUGAGCCCGGGGCCCCCACUGCUGCAGGAGAUCGUCCAGCAGCUGGAGACCACGCUGAGGCCCCGCCCCUCCAUGCCGUUCAGCGAGGACAUCCUGGCGUCGCUACGGGAGCUGGAGGAGGUCCUGUCUGACCCGGGCGCGGCGGAGCGCCCGGACCCCCCCGCCCCGGACCCAAGGCUCCACCAGGAGGCGCUGCACUACCUGACCUCCUACGGGACGCACCUGGCGCUGGUCUGCUUCUACAUGCGCCACGACCGCAUGAGGGACGCCCUGAGUCACCUGCUCAGCAAGGAGUGUCCCGACGAGGUGUUCCUGGACGGGGUCCUGCAGCCCAGCCUGGAGCGGGGGGCCCUGGGCACGCUGCAGGGCCUGCUGGAGAGCCUGGACCCGGGGCUGGAGCUCUGCAGCCGCUACCUCAUCGCCUCCUGCCAGCUGCUGCAGCGGCGGCGCCACUUCCACACGCUGUACCAGCUGCAGAAGUUCAUGACGGAUCAUGUGCGGGCUGCCAUGACCUGCAUCCGGUUCUUCUCCCACGGGGCCCAGUCCUACACUCAGCUGGGGGAGCAGCAGCGCUGGCUGGUCCGGGCCAAGGAGCACCUGAGGACGUACCUGCAGGAGCAGCAGGGCCGGGGGUCAGUGGCCCGGAGGAGGUCCCCGGUCUCCUCCUUCAGGAAGCCCAUGCCCUCCAGCGACGUGUCCAGGCACAUGAGCACCGUGGAGCUGCAGCUGGAGGUGACCCGCUUCCUCCACCGCUGCGAGGCCGCCGCCUCCAAGGCCGCCGCCCACUCCCCCGUCCCCAAGGCGAAGGGCUCCCCCAGCACCCCCCCCACCCUGUUCGGGGGCACCCAGAUGAAGGCGGAGGUGGCCUGCAGGGUGAUGCUGGGCGGUAAGAACAUUGAGGAAGGCUUUGGCAUCGUCUACAGAAUCAUCCAGGACUUCCAGCUGGACGCCCAGGCGGUGUACGUGCGUGCGGGCCAGCGGCUGGCGCGGCAGCGGCAGUACGCGGCCAUCCGACAGCUGCUGAAGUGCGUGGGCGAGUCGGGGACGGCCACCAAGAACGACGGCGACGCCAUCGUCCUCAGCUGCCUGUCGGUGGCCGAGAAGCCCCCCGCCGACGCCAAGGAGUUGGAAGUUCUCAUCUCUGAAAUCAAGAGCCCGGAGAACAAGGUCAAGGCCCACCUGCUGUGCGGGCGGCUGCGGCAGGCCUACCUGCAGGCGGUGAAGCUGGACCCGGGACAGGCCCGCCCCCGGGUGCAGGAGGUGAUGCAGGCCGCCGAGGGCGCCUCGGACUCGGUCAUGCGGAACAUCUGCGACCGCUGGCUCUCGGAGCACCAAAACAAAAGCCCCCAGCAACGGCAGAACCGACCCAACGCCAGAUAAGUGCGCUUUUAAAGUGGGAACUCUUAAUGUGUAGUAGAGUGUAGGGGAGAUACACAAGCACACAUGGCGGGGUGAGUUUUGAAGAUGUUUAGGAUAUUUAUGGAGAGCGUAGAUUUCACAACGCGACGCGGCCAGCGAGCGUCCGCAGCCCACGCCGCGCCGACCUCUCACUGCGGGGCGGCAGGAACCCCGCUGGGUCCCGCCAGCGGGUCUCGGUGGUUCUACACCCAGACCCCAUGGGCGUUCUGCAGGGUGCCUUCAAGCUGAAGGUUCCCUCGGAGCCUUCACCACUGUGCUUUAGUUUCUUCCGGAUCCCGUUCCAACCCUAUAUUCUGCUGGUUCCUUCUCGUCAGCUGGUACCGUUUUUUUUUUCUUUCCACAACCACUCGACGACAAGAGCCGCUAAGUGGGAGAGCGGCUGUAUCCACAGGUGUCGCUUCGACCCACAACAAGUAUUUCCCCGCCUACCUCAGCCAAAAAGGGAAGAUAUAAUUAUUGCCUUGAGGAGAGUAAAGAACGCUGCUGAGGUCCUUGUUGUAAAGGGCUGCAGCUCGUCCUCCAUUUUGUGUUCUGUUAUUCUGGGCCUUCUUGGCGAUGGUGUUUUUUAAUUUGAGUGGAGUUUGGAACCGGCUGUGAAGCGCGCGCACACACACACACACACACACACACACACACACACACACACACACACACACACACACACACACACACACACCCCUUAGGUAGCAAAAUUGGUUGCGUGUUGCUAAACGUUUCUUAUUUCCAUGGCUUCUCUUAUGAAGAGUGAAUCAUGACUUCAGUAUUUGGGGAACUGUCAGAAUGCAGAGGAUGAUCAACGUGAAUGUGUGUUUUUUUCAACUGUAGGAUACUUAAAGGGAACCUUUAGAGAAAUUUCCUGAGAUUCAAUCUAGCUCAAUUAAGCUAGCUAAAUUGUGCCAGCUGUCAAACAACGAUCGCCGUCGUAGUUUUGUGUAUAUACAUAUUUUAGUAAUCAGUUUAAUGUACGUCAGCAGAUUAAUCAGCACAUUAGGGAAUAAAUAAGGUCAGUAUAAAACUAAAUCCAUGUGCGAGUCGGUCAACUGCUAAACACAUGAAAUGUGACAAGCCUUUUCUCUAAAAAGGGAUUCAUGUUGUGUGCGAUAAAUGAUAAAAUGUAAACUUUCAUGUUUACCUGUUUAAGUACCCGUCACUGUGCCGAUUUGCUCCCCAAAACCUCUUUUCCAACUGCUUUGUACCUACAAUAUUCACAUUUUUUUUAUCAGGACAAUCUAUAAAGUUACUGCUACAACUGCCGUUAGCUUUGUUAUCUCGAGAGCUAUUGAGCGGGAGAAGAGACGGAUGCCUUUCGUUCUCUUUUUGUCAUGUGAGGUGAAGUUCAGACAUUUGUUAGAAGUUUUAAACAGUUGCCUCUUUGUGAAUCUCGGCUUACCAAAUUAAAUCUCUCGUUGCUGUGAUUAAGUGCUAAAGGGUCCGAAAUUUGAGAAAAGGGCGGCCCACUUGCUUAUUAUGGACCGUUUGCUCACCACUGCCGCACUUUAAUAGUUGCUUGGACGCAAAUAAUAAGUAGGUUGAUUUGUUUUGAUUUUCAUCACUGCGUGGAUGACACUUCUGAUGAUAUGAAUACUGACUGUUUUCCCAACAAUUGUAAAUAUAUAUCAUUAAAUAAACUGUAAUAAAUAUUUUUAUUUUUGGCCUCCUGUCAGCCAUUUGAAAAUGUUAACAAUAAUUGUAAUGUUUACAAUGUCCUAUGGAAUAAAAUCGGUCUUGUAGAAACCACGA